AUGGCGUCUCAAGGCUUUUCUUCUUAUUUAAAUGGCUCUACUUCAGAGACAAUUGACGAUGUAUGCCGUCAGGACACUGUUACUUGUAUGAGCUUUGAACAGCAAUCACUUGUUGAGGAAAUUGAUACCGAAGUAGAUGACGAUGAUUUUGAUAAAAAAGCACAUUGGUCUAGACGAACGAUGAGGAAAAAUGCUCGAUCGUCACCAAGACCGACUGAAAGAACAGACAAAUUCCAGCCAUCUAUUGCACUCUUUUGUGUCAAGGAACAAGCGAUCUCCAUAGUCAAGAAAAAAGAAGUAGAAGAGGAGAAAGAUGUCAUGGCCAGUUCGAUUGCAAUCUCGAAGCUGGAAAAAAGUGAAGCAAAGAAGAAGAAGAGAAGAGAGACGACAAAGAAGAAAAAGGCGGAGAGCUCGGGACUCGAGUUUGACUCAGUAGCUGACACUAGAGGAAAGGGAAUUGACACUAGUGUUGUGACGAGCGCUGGACGACCGAAACGAAAAGCAGCAAUCCAGGCAGAGAUCCUACAGCAACAACAAAAGCUUUUGGAUGCUGUUGCUGCCAGGAAAGAAGCAGCCUACUUUUUGACACCUCCACCAUCAAACAAGAAGAAAGCCGAGGGAAAUGCGACAACUAGCGGGCGUAAAAGAAAACUUGAAAUGUACAAGAAGAAGAUGUCGUCGCCUGCAAAGGGAGAAUCAACGAAUAAUUCACUGGGUGCGAACAAGACAGCUCAGUCAUUCUUUUUGAGUGAACAGGUAAGAAAACAGCUGCAAGAGAUCGAAGCAGUGUCAUCGUUCCGAGAACAGCUUCGGCAGACACGUGAAAAAGAUCUUGCUUUUUUCGCCGGUAUAACGGCUAACCCGUUUUUCCAGGCGCGAACUUCUACCAAACCAAGCAGCAGUGAAGAAAAUGAAGAAGGAGUUGUUGAAAUUUGCGACGAUGGUGAAGGUACUGGUGAGGCAAAGCAACAGCGAGAUAGAGAUAGAGGUCGCUGGAGUAAAUCGUUUACGCUGUUUCCUCGGAUGCAGCAUGUAUCAACCGUAUGUUUAGAAGCAGAAGAUAUGGGAACAGCUGCCAAGAAAUCGUUGCCACCAAAGAGAGCGUUGCCUGCAACAUAUACAUCUUCUGUGGUCGUAGUCAGUGACAAUGAUGUAGCAGUAGAUAGCAGGUUACCAACCGAAGUAAUGUCGCAGCUACAAGCUGCCAUGAAUGGGCAAGUGAUCACUGAAUCUUCGUUUUCCGAACAGUUUUGGUUUCGCGAGUUCUUGGAUGCCUCCAGCUUACCACCCCCAAUUGUCAAGCUUAUCGAUGUUACUUCUCCACGUGCUGAAGAUAUUGCAGACACCACAGCUGAAGAACUGGCGGAAAGAAAAACCUUGCUCAUUGAUGAAUUAGUUGAGAUGCAUGGCAUGCGUGAGAAGCGAGUGCGUGAGCUUCUUGACGGGCUUGAACAGGCCAGGGCAAAACACUUGGGUCGCGAACAAAACUUGUCUUUGGUGGAUCGUUACUUACCAGUGAAUGCUAGUGGCCUUGUAGGCAAUCGCGAGUCACUUCACACGUUGUCAUCGUGGUUGAGUGCUUGGAAAGUGGGUGGUGGCGAUCGUCAAAAGCUCGAUUGUCUGCACUCGGAACUGGUCACACUUGACGAUGGCGAUAGCGAUAAAGAGAGCGAGGUUGGUGACCUGUGUCGUUUAUUCGUUUUGGAGGGCGAGUCGGGCUCGGGCAAAUCGGCAGCUGUUUAUGCAUGCGCCGAGGAGCUGGGCUACAAUAUCAUUGAGAUUAACGCAGCUCAAAAUCGUUCCGGAAAGAGUGUUGUGGAGCUUGCUGGUGAAGCCACACAGUCUACACGCGUUUUGCACGUGGGUACGAAAGAAGACAAGCGUAUAAAGAAGCUUAAGAAAAAGCGGAGGAGGCACUCAGAAAGCCGCAAGAGUUUAGAGCAGCCAACAGCAGCGUCAUUGUCACUGGUGAUGUUUGAAGAUGUAGAUCUGGUCUUUGACGAAGACAAAGGCUUCCUCAAUGCUGUUUGUUCUAUCGCUAAGCAUUCGAAGUGCCCUAUUGUCGUGACGUGCGCACAGUUGCCGGAUACGUUUCCCACCAAACCCGGACGUCUGUAUCGUGAGCUUCACAAGCCUUCGAUCGAUGAGUUUGCAACAUGGAUGCGUCUGGUAGCCUUCAUCGAAGGGCUGCAACUGGCACCAUCUCUUGUUAACGUACUAGGUAAGUUUUUCAAACGGGAUGUCCGUCGUUCACUGCAUUUCCUAGAGGCAAAUUUGCCGGUUUCUGAUCCAAGUACGAAGACUCUGUGGCAAUGGCAGCACGACAAUGCAGAUAGCAACGGUGCUGUCCAUGUUUCUGUUCCUGCUUGGACCACAUGGUCAGCAGGUUGCUCGUCGUUUGAUGCUAUGACAAGUAAUUUGCUAUUAGAGCUCAGCGCUGCUGCUGAAUUAGAGAAAAAGAAAGUCGAGGACCAAAGCUGCAAAGAAAAACAAGCGGAAGUUGAUGCUAUGGUGGAGUUAGCGCAAAUUAUAGAUUUUGCAUCGAUUGCAGAAGUGUGGAUGGCAUCCGCUAUGGCUGAUGGAUUCGACAGUGAUGAUACUGAGAAUUCGUUCUUUCUGGCCGAGCGUCAACGUCUUGCCGCAUUGGAGCUGAGACGUUCUAGUCUUCAAAUGCUAGGAUCGUUGUCGAGUCCUCUUGGUACGUCGUUGAUGCAGGGCCAGAAACCUGUCGCCUCCAAAUGCGUUCAGCGGACAUUAGAUUGCGCUCUAGCAGCAUCCAGUCGACGUUGUCACCAGAUAGCGUUAGCAGAGCUGAAAUCAAAGUUUGACGUCCCACUUGCCUACAAAGGAUGUGGAAACUCGGAGCCUCAUUUUGCGCUCGACUAUAUGCCAAUGGUAGGACGUCUUCUAUCCAGUACCGGUUUGCAAGAAGGACGACGACGGACAUCCCGACGGAACCAUUAUUUAGGUGACGUGUUGGGGGACAUGAGCCUAAUUGACGAAUUGCCAGCCUUUGACACGUACUUGCAGUCUAAUGUGGACCAAAUCGUUGCUGCAUCCCCGACAUUUACACAGUAG